AUGGCUUCCAGUUCCUGCCCACCAUCCCCGCUACUCGUGCGGCUGCCGGAGUCCAUCCCACGGGGACACAGGAAGCUAGAGAAAUACUUCCAGAGCCGAGCCUCGGGUGGCGGGGAGUGCACUGUCCAGCCCGUCGGCCCCAGCGCCCCUGACACCUUCGAGGUGAAGUUCCUAGACAUGGAAGCUAAGGAGAGAGUACUGAAAAAGAGAGAACACCAGAUGUUGAUUGAUGACAAACCUGUGACCAUUUUCCUGGAAACCACUAAAAAGCCAGUGGAGGCCCUGAGACCCAGACCUCCAUCUUUGACCCAGUCGCCAGCUGAGACUGCAAGCUCCAGACCUCCAUCUUUGACCCAGUCGCCAGCUGAGACUGCAAGCUCCAGACCUCCAUCUUUGACGCAGUCUCUGGAUGAUGCUCUGUCUGAUGAAGAGCCUGUUUCUAACUCUGUUGACUCUAUUGUCCAAAAGGUCUUUCUUGCUGUGACCGCUGAGCUGAACUGUGAACUGCUUUCUAAAGAGCAGAGGGCACACAUAGCCACCAUCUGCCCUAGCAUCAAAAGCGUGGAGGGUAAAGACGGAAUUGCAAAGGUGUGUGGCAACUUCAAAGAUAUUGAGACGAUACAUCACUUCUUGAGUGUGCAGCUUUUGGAAAGUGAGCUGAAACAGAAGUACCCUCCACAAAAAUACCCCCCUUCCAGUGUGGAGAGAGAGCCUCCCAACCAGGAAGACUUCGGCAGGAACUUUUCCUCCUCGGAGCCAAAAGUCAGACAAGAAGAUGUUUUUGAGAACUGUUUUGAAGUUUCUGUGCUUUUUCUUGAAUAUUUCCGACAUGCUUAUCCUGGCAGAAUGCAGUCCAUAGAGAAAGAAUUUGGUGUCAACGUUCAAGUCCGAGACAGUGCUCCCAAUAUGGUCUCUGUAGACUUCACCACCAGCCAAUCCGGCAACAUAGAAGCAGCCUGUGACUCUUUUGUCAAAGACUUUCAGAAAUGCACCCAAGCUCUGAAGCAAGAUUGUGUCUCUUUAGAGGACCCUCAGACAGCAAAGGAACUCAGGGUGGAGUUGAACCGCUGCUUUCCAAAACUCCUGAUAAAGGGACAAGGAAGAAUGCUAACUCUCCUAGGCUCUCAAGCUGACAUUUCAGCUGCCAAAGUAAAAGUCUCCCAAACUUCUGUCAAGAUGCCUGUGAAAAUAAUGAUCUCUGGUUACAAGACAGGGAUUGAGGUUGACUCCACAUACUUCAAUCUUCUAAAACCUGAGUUGCUCCAGGAAAUCUUGGAGAUAGAGAGAAAGUAUAACACUUCUGGGAAAGUCCAGGAGAAGAGCCAGAAAACCUGCAUUCUAUUUGAUCCCCAGGAUAAGGAGGUUGACCUAUCUAUGCACUCCUAUGCAAGUUUCACUGAUGCCUUUCAACAUGCCACAUGCCAACUAAGGACAGAAGUCCUGUCACUGAAACAUUUGGGCAAGGGGAAAACUCACUUACACAAGACCAAGUUUGUCGAUGACUUUAAAAAAAGGCACCCAAAUGUACAGUGUGAGAUAUCUCUAGAGUCAAUUACUUUGAUUGGUUUGCCGAUUCAGCUUGCACGGGCAAAGCAUUAUGUCUUAAAAAGAAUGGAACUGUCCCCAUCAUCUGGAGAGAAAUUAAAUAUGGAUGAAGAAACACCCAUGGAUAUCGAUGGAAAUGACUCAAAUGCAGCUUUACGUCCUCUCAGAGGCUCUGCUGAUAGCUCUGAAGCCUUGAAGGUGAACGAGAACGAAGACUACUGUGUCAUCUGCAUGGAUACCAUUAGCAACAAGCAUGUACUCUCUAAGUGCAAGCAUGAAUUCUGCAACUCUUGUAUCACCAAAGCCAUGUUACUGAAGCCUGUCUGUCCUGUGUGUCAGACUUCCUAUGGUGUCCAGAUAGGGAACCAGCCAGAUGGAGGAAUCAUGACUUCUGACACUUUAAGCCAGUCACUUCCGGGUUAUGAAAACUGUGGCACAAUUGUGAUUAACUAUGAAAUAAAAAGUGGGAUCCAAACAAAUGAGCACCCAAACCCAGGAAAGCCCUACCAUGGAACAUAUCGAAGGGCAUACUUGCCUAAUAAUGAUGAGGGAAAAGAGGUCUUGGAUCUGCUCCAAAAAGCCUUUCAAAAGAGGCUGAUUUUCACAGUAGGGAACUCUAGAUCAACAGGAGCCUCAAAUGUCAUUACAUGGAAUGACAUCCAUCACAAAACAUCCCCAUUUGGAGGACCAGAAAAUUUUGGCUACCCUGAUCCUGAUUACCUGAAACGUGUCAAGGAGGAGCUGAAAGCAAAAGGAAUUGAGUAAGGAAAGUGCUGGGAAGAUGUCUAUCCACUUUCAAAAGAAGUGUGUUGGGAGGCCAUAUUUGUACAGGCCUAAAUCUUUUUGUAGAAAAACUGUAGCAUUUUUCAUGUUAAAUAGAUGUAGUUUCUAUAAAAGCAGAAGUCUGUUUGCUAGUCAUUUCUAGAGCAUCAUUACUCUUUCAUGGAAGACAAAAUAUAAAGGGCAUGAGCUGAGGAGAUCACCCAUAAAGUGUGAAGACAUGAGCUCAGAUCUGCAGCAGCCAUGUAAUAGUUGCUGUGAUGGCAUAUGUGUGUAAUCAUAGCACUGGUGAGUGGAGACAGGAGGAUUCCUGAAGCCUACUGGCUAGUUAGUCUAGCCAAUACUAAAACCGUGAGCUCCGGGUUUACUGAGAGACCUUGUCCAAGAAAUCAGAUGGAUGAGGCAUGGUGGUGCAUACCUUUAAUGAGAGUACUUGGGAGGCAGAAGUAGGCAAUCUCUAUGAGUUCCAAGACAGCCUGAUCUACAUAGCCCAAAUUCCACCAUAGUCAUAUUGAGACUCUGUCUCAAAACAAAUAUUAGGUGGACAGAAAUAAAGACAUAUAACAUCACCCUCUGGACCUCUAUAUGCACCUGUACACAUGUGUGCGCGCGCCCACACAAACACACAGACACAGAGAGAGAAGUUUUAGAAAAGAAAAAGACAAAGGAUUUCAGAUUUUGCUGAGGAAAUCUGAUCUCAUUCUUGGGGUGCUGACUGGCAUGAAAUCAUCUUCUGUACCUUUCACUUGAACUACUGGCAACUAACUGAACCUCUCCUGUUGUUUGUUUUGCUUGAGACAAGGUCUCACUGUGUAGCUCUUGAACUCCUCUUUGUGUACCAGCUUGAUCUUGAAUUUAGAUUUGCCUUCAUCAGCCUCCUGUGUGCUGGGGUUAAAGACAUGUGCUGUGUUCCUGCUUUUGUUUGUUUGUUUGUAUGGGGUUUUGUGUUGCUGCUCUUUGUUUUUGGUUGGUUUGGUUGGUUUGGUUUUGGUGUUGGAACUUGAACCCAAGUCCAUUAAGUUCUUUGAUCCUGUUCCAUGGCCAUCCCUCUAGUAGUACAUUAGUUGUUUGGUUUUUAAUCUCUGCCUGGAGAGAUUAAAGUAAAACCUUUGUGUAAAUGGGAAAGUGAAACCCUUGUGUAAAUGGGAACUUUAAAAAUAGGAUUGACUGGGAAAAAAACCACAUUUCCCUCCCUACCAACAGCAAGAAAUAUGUCCAGGAAGUCAGGCAACUUUUGAUAGUAAGUAGAACAAGAAGAGUGUUAUUUUUCAGGACACAGAACAUAAUAGACAGUGCUUAAUGUGUGUUUAUUGCCUGACUCAGAUUGCUAGUAUCUCAACAGAGGGAUGAGCAUAUAAAAAGAUAUGCUCCUCAAAUCUUUGGCCAAAGUGGGACUAGAGACUUUGGUAUUCAUUUCGAAAACAGGUUCCUACCCAACACAUAUUGGUUAGACUCUGGCCAGGCCUUUCUUGUGGGCUCUUGGAACCUGCCCUGCCAUGGAAGUACAACAUGUUUUUCACAUUUUACCCCCACACAUUAUGUUAUGCUUUUUUAAUAUGUUCUAUUUCAAUUUUUAAUAGAUAAAUUACCUGGCCUUAGUUUAUCAUUUUCAAGUAAUUGAUACCUGAGAUGUAGUAAGGUGUUUUUUUGGGGGGGUUGUUUGUUUGUUUAAUCUCUCUUAUAGUCUUUCUAAUCCUUUCCCUGGACAUGAAUACAGAAGAAUUAAACUGGCAUGUCAUAGUUCACAGUAAGCAGUUCUCCACGACAGAAGAAAAUCCCAGUAGACAGUGGUCUGUGUUCCAGCUACUCUCCAAAAUGGUAGAUGACAUGUCUUGGAUUUUUUCUUAAGACACACAUGCACAACAUAAGAACAUUUUGGCCAGAUAGUAGUAGCAAGCAUUUAUUGAGUAAUUACCUUGCAUGUACUUUACGUUGAUGUGAUUGACACAAUUAGUAGCUCUAGUCUUUGCACAAAAUAACUGAUAUCCAGGGAAUAUUAGUCAAUCACAAAAGGUUACAUAAUUAGUAAGCAGAAGUACUAACUUUUACUUCAGUUCUGGGUUUUGUUUUUUCAAGACAGGGUCUCAUGUAGCCCAGAUUGGGCUUUUCCUAGGUAGCCAAGGCUGUUCUUGAACUCUGACUCUCCUGCCUCACCUCCUACCCAAGUUCUUGCAUAUGUCCUAGGCUGAUCUCUGUUGUUGUUUUCUUUUCUCUCUCUCUCUCCCUUUUACUCCUUGAGGGGCCUGCCGUCUCCCAAAUAAUCACACAUGGAGACUUAUUCUUACUUAUGAAUACCCAGCCUUAGCUUGACUUUCUAGCCAGCUUUUCUUAAUUGAAAUUAUCCCAUCUACCUUUUGCCUCUGGGCUUUUACCUUUCACUGUUUCUGUAUAUGUUUUCUUUACUUCUUAUUCCUUUAAGGCCAUGGGCUGGGUGGCUGGCUCUUACCUUCUCCUGUCCUCUUUUUCUCAGUCCUUGAUCUCUCUUCCCAGAUUUUUCCUAUUUAUUCUCUCUGCCUGCCAGCCCCACCUAUCCCUCCUCCUGCCUCGCUAUGGGUCAUUCAGCUCUUUAUUAGACCAAUCAGGUGUUUUAGGCAGGCAAAGUAACACAGCUUCACAGAGUUAAAUAAAUGCAACAUAAAAGAACGCUCCACAGCAUAAGUGAAUGCAACACAUGCUAAGCUAAUAUUCCAUGGCAGAUCUCUCAGGGUCUGCCGGCCUCAGCCUCCUGAGUGCAAGGAUGCACCAGUAUGCCUCACUCCUACAUCCAGCUUAGACCUUUACUGUCAAUGAUUCAACAAGUUUUUAUCAUUAAGACUAACUGAUCAUUUUCUAUCUUCUAAUUUAGUAGUUAAAUUUACUUCAAAGAAGCAAAAAAGGAAAAAUGGUUUCUGUUAAGUUUGGAUCUUGUAUUUCAUAACAUGUGCAUAUGCAAAUUCCAUAUGGUGUAAAUGCUUAACGGCAUUUGGGUUCCUGCUUUGCAAGGUGUUGUUAUCUGCCUUAAAUAAAGUUAGGCCCUUAUUUACAA